UUUAGCUCAGAUUCCUGCCCGCCAUGUUUUGGUGGUUACUGUUCGCGAGCGCCGCUUUCGCCGUAGUGCUGUACCGACGGCAGAGGAGAGGAUUCUACAAACUCUACGAUGCUUAUCCCUUAGGACUACCCAGCUAUCCUCUCAUCGGCCAUGGGUACAUAUUUAAGGGUACAGAUGAAGAUCGAAUGAACUCCUUAAAUAACCUAGGAAAAGCAUCACUACAACAUGGUGGUAUCGGUUGUUUUUGGCUGGGACCAAAAUUGUACUCCGUAAUCACAGAUCCCGAGGUGUUGGAGGUGGUGGCGAAGACGUGCCUUGAGAAGGAUGACGACAUGAUGAAGUUCGUUCGGCUCGUGCUUGGAGACGGCCUCAUAUUCGCUCCAGUUAAAAUUUGGCGUCCUCGUCGCAAAGUCAUGGCUCCAACAUUCAACAUGAAGAAUCUGCAGAAUUUCGUGCCGAUAUUCGACAAGCAGAGCGUUAUUAUGACUGAGAAGCUGCGCGAGAGAGCGGGCCGUGGCGACUUUUCCUUUUGGGACUAUGUCACAACUUACACUUUUGACUCUAUUUGCGAGACAGUUCUCGGCAUUGAAUUAAAUGCUCAGAAGCACCUACAUCACGAUUUUAUCACCGCCUUCGAUGCCUGCGCUCAGGUCAUUGCCCAGCGGAUGCUGUCACCCUGGUUGUACUGGGAUUGGGUCUUCAGACUAACGUCACUCUAUAAGCUUUUUGAAGAUACAAAAAAAACAAUUCAUGGCUUUUUUGAUGAGACAUUACGUGCUAAAAGAAAACAACUAGCAAGCGGGUUGGUUGAGAAUGAACGUAAAACCUUCCUUGACAUGAUGAUCGAACCCUCCGGACAAGCCCGAUAUUCGGACGUCGAGCUUCGCGAAGAGGUACUAUCAAUAGUGUCCGCUGGCACAGACACUUCGGCUGUUGGUACUGCGUUUACUGCUCUCAUGCUGUCCAGACAUCCCAGGGUGCAGGAGAAGGUGUACGAUGAACUGAAGGAAGUUUUCGGCGACUCCGACAGGCCAGUGACAUGGCAAGAUCUACCAAAGCUGAAGUACCUCGAAGCCGUGAUUAAGGAAACUCUGCGCCUGUACCCACCAGCGCCGGCCGUCGUUAGAGAUGUUAACGAGACCGUCGUAUUACCAAACGGGACAACAUUGGUUCCGGGCACAGCGCUCAUGCUGCACUUCUGGGGCACGCACCGUAACGUGAAGUACUGGGGCGCUGACGUGGAAGAGUUUCGGCCCGAGCGCUUCCUGCAGCCCUUGAGGCACCCCGCGCAGUACGCGCCGUUCAGCUACUCUGUAAGGAACUGCAUAGGUGCAAACUACGCCAUAAUGUCAGCAAAGACGAACUUAUCCAACCUGCUCCGCCGCUACAUACUACUACCGCCAUCUAGCGUGCCGCCAGAGAAACUCGCAUGCCCGUUGCGAAUCAAGUUUGACAUCAUGAUGAAACAUUGUGACAAGUUUGAGCUCAGGAUUGAGCAUAGACACAAGGAAGCUUAGAGCAUUAAAUUAGAAACUGGAGGCGCCUUGUCUGUCAUUUUCUGUACAAAACAGUCUGUCGAUUUUUGCGGGGGAGGGGCACGUCAAAAGUAUAAACGUCAGUCCAUACACAAGUAUGCAAAUGGGUAUUUGACUAUUAGUCAAAUCAAAUUCUUUUUUCGAACUGUCAAAACCAUUUUGCUACUAUGGAAUUUAUAUGAAACACUAGCAUGUGACGUCACAAUCAAAUUACCUACUCUUUAUAGUUACACACUGGUUUUAAAAUAGAAAUUGUGUCUAAAAAUAACUGCUGUCUACGUUUCUCUAUUAAUCUUUUGGUGCUUUAUUUCAUGCACGGUGAAAAAUAAUUUAUUUUAAAAUACAGUCAAAUACCCUAUUGUGCAAGGUUUUCGGCAGAGUAAGCUUUAAAGACGACUCCGGUUAUGAAAUGCUCUAAGCAAGGAACAUAUCGGAUACACCGGGUAAUCCUCCCAGAAUAAAAAACAGUAUUUAACAAUGGACAUUGACAUUUCGGAGACCUCACGCUACACUAGCGCCACUAGCGACGAUUUCAUACGCGGUAGGCCUAAUUGUCAGGAACCCAAAAAGUCUGUAGUCCGUGGUGUUCUGUACUAAAUGUUGCCAUAUUUAAUCCUGAUACCUUAAUUGACCGAAUUAUUAAAUGCAUAAUUAUGUAUUUCUGGGUUUGAAUCCAGGCCAGAUUUACGCAUUAAGGGGCCCACUGACUAUCAAUCCG